AGCAUCAGUCGUACGAUCGCACUUAGAUGAUCUUAUCUUGAGGAAACGCGGGUCGCCAUGAUACGUAUACGGCUCCAAAGUGUAGAAACUUUGAGAUAGCCGUUUAUUAUUGCCAGUAGCCCCGUUUCACGGUAGCUAUAAAUACAACCCUCCGGAGCCUAACGGCACACUAGUUGCAAAAGGUACGGUUCGAUCGUCUCGCGUGCGUGUGUGUGUAAUUAAGAUGAAGUUCUCCUUGUUGGCGCUGUUUGCGCUCGUGUGUGCCGUUGUGGCCACCGACGAUAUUGACUGGUCGAAGGUACGGCCGAUGUCCCGCAUGCCCCAGUACAUGCGCCGUCUGCCGAAAGAUAUUCUGAAGCAGUACCUGACGGAGGUGCGCAACAUGCCAUCCAGUGCACGUGGCAAUGCCCGCAUCGUCAACGGUUACAUCGCCCAACCCGGCCAGUUCCCGUACCAGGUCGCGAUCCUGAGUAACAUGGCCGGUGGUACCGGUCUGUGCGGUGGUUCCGUGCUGACCGCUAACUACGUUCUGACCGCUGCCCACUGCGUGGAUGUUGCUACCGAUGGUCUCGUGAUCUACGGUGCUCAGGACCGCACCAACGCAAACGAACCGAGCCAAGUGCGCAUUGCUUUCGAGCAGAGCGGAAUUAACCUUCACCCGAACUGGAACCCCACUCUAAUCCGUUACGACAUUGCGACCGUCCGCGUUGUCUCGCCGGUCACCUUCUCCGAUCGCAUCCAGCCCGUUACGCUGCCACGUCUCAGCGAUGUGGGUAAUGAUUUCGCCGGCCUGAUUGGUACCGUGUCCGGAUUCGGCCGCUUCGCCGACUCGAUCCAACAGGCUUCGGAUGUGUUGCGCUACGUCAACAACCCAAUCCAAACCAACCUCGCCUGCUCGGUGCGCUUCCCCGGUGUGGUUCAGCCAGAGAACAUCUGUCUGUCGGGAGACUCCGGCCGUGGUGCCUGCCAGGGUGAUUCCGGUGGUCCGCUGACUAUCGUGCGUGACGGAACCACCGUUCAGCUCGGUGUCGUCUCGUUCGGUCUUGCUCUCGGAUGCGAACUUAACUGGCCGUCCGUGUUUGCCCGUACCACUUCCUUCCUGACCUGGAUCGAGGCCACCUCCGAUGUUGUCCUGCUGCAGUAAUCAACUAAAAUAUAGAUGACAAAAAAACGUUCCUUUAACAAAAUGCGCUUC